AUGCAGUCAUUCCUUACUCUUGCAUUGCUUUUCGGUAGCACCUUGGCCGCUCCCUUGAACCCUGACAAGAAUGAACUCACUCGUUCCGAGGGCGCUGUUGGCCUGGAGAAACGUCAAGUCCUUCCCCGAUCCGUCAUCCAGAUCAUUGACUUGGACAACGGUGAAGACUCCGAGGCUUCUACUACCGAUGCUUUCGUCAUCGAAACCACUGCUACCAGCACCACUGCCUUCGGAACCCCGACUGACUUUCCGCUUGGUGAUCUUGGAUCCACGGAUGACAGUCAACAGCCGGAUCCUAAUGGCCCCAUUAGUGGUUUGGACAAGAGACAACUUGAUGCCCUGACUGGCCUCCUCGGGGGACUGAAGCCCGAAAGCCUGAGCAAAAGACAGCUCGAUGCCCUGACUGGCCUUCUUGGGGGAUUGAAGCCUGAAAGCCUGAACAAAAGACAGCUUGAUGCCCUUACAGGCCUUCUGGGAGGGUUGAAAACCGAAGGCCUGAACAAGCGACAACUUGAUGCCCUGACAGGCCUUCUUGGUCCACUACUCGGCGGGCUAGGGGGUGCGCCACCUGCCGUGCCUCCACCUGUACCCGUCCCCGGAGCCACCACUACCGCUGAUGCCACUACCACCACUACUGGAGUCAUUCCCACUGCUACCGAUGCUGUUCCCGCCAAUCUCGAGGAUUUCCCCACCUUUGGUUCUGAAUGA